AUGAGUACCUUAAACCACACGGGCGUUAGCCACACAGUUUUUCGAUUGCUGGGCAUCCCUGGCCUUGAGGACCAGCACAUGUGGAUUUCCAUCCCCUUCUGCAUUUCCUAUGUCAUCGCCCUGCUUGGGAACAGCCUGCUCAUCUUCAUUAUUGUCACCAAGCGCAGCCUCCAUGAACCCAUGUACCUCUUCCUCUGCAUGCUGGCUGGAGCAGACGUUUUCCUCUCCACGUGCACAGUUCCUCAGGCCUUGUCCAUCUUCUGGUUCGGCGCUGGGGAGAUCUCCCUGGAUUGUUGCAUCACUCAGCUCUUCUUCAUCCAUUCCACCUUCGUCUCUGAGUCAGGGAUCUUGCUGGCGAUGGCCUUUGACCGCUACAUGGCCAUAUGCUACCCACUCAGAUACACCACUAUCCUUACACAUGCACUGAUUGGGAAAAUUGGUGUGACUAUCUUUCUGAGAAGUUAUGGUACAGUAUUCCCCAUAGUAUUUCUUCUGAAAAGACUGACUUUCUGCAAAAGUAACAUCCUCCAAAAUACUGCUUGUAAACACAUAGUCCUGGCUCAUGUUUCCUGUGAUGACAUACGUGUAAACGUCUGGUAUGGGUUUUUUGUCCUAAUGUCAACAGUGGUCUUAGACAUUGUGCUAAUUAUUUUUUCAUAUGUGUUGAUUCUUCGAGCUGUCUUCCACAUCCCAUCCCGAGAUGCUCGCCACAAAGCUCUCAACACGUGUGGCUCCCAUGUCUGUGUCAUCAUCCUCUUUUAUGGGCCUGGAAUCUUUACAACCCUCACUCAGAGGUUUGGACAGCACAUCUCACCCCAUAUACAUGUCUUGCUGGCUAAUGUCUGCAUUCUGGCUCCUCCUAUGCUGAAUCCCAUCAUUUAUGGGAUCAAGACCAAACAGAUCAGGGACCAGGUGGUUCAUCUGUUGUUUACAAAGCAGAAAUAA